AUGACUCCUUAUUUUCUCCGAAAGAACCACCAGCUAGUGUCUAACUACCACCGGAACAUAAUCCUGUCCUUAUUCGCGAUAGUGACAAGUGUGUUAACCCUGACAAUCAUCUACCACCUCUUCGGAUACGUGAAUACCUCCAAAGAAGUGAUCUACUCUCGAAUUUCAAUCGACGCAGAAACCUUGGCGUCUCUCCCCCAAGUGACAGUCUCAAGAUCCCUCAAAUCCUCACCAAAGAACCUAACCUGCACUCACUUCACCUGCUUCAACGUGUACCGGUGCGGGCAGGAGGGCAGCAAGUUGCUGAUCUACGUCUACCCCCUGGAGAGUUUCCUCGACGAGGACGGCACAAUAAUAAACAACUUAUCUCGUGAAUUUUUGCAGAUCCUCCAGGCGAUAAUCCGGAGUAAGUUCUACACCCCGGACCCCUACCAAGCAUGUCUGUUCGUGCCUUCAAUAGACACAUUGAACCAGAACAGGCUGAACGUCCAAGCAGUGGGUCGUGCGCUCGCCUCCCUGGAGUUCUGGAACCACGGUGAGAACCACCUGAUCUUCAAUUUAGUAUCCGGCGUCUUCCCGGACUACAACACCAGCCUUGACGUGGACAUCGGCAAGGCGAUUCUCGCCGGUGCAGGAUUUUCCACGUUGACUUUCAGGAACAACUUCGACCUGAGCAUCCCAGUGUUCACCUUCAGGAACGCUUUGGUUCCCGGAACCGAGUCAGAAGGUAAGCACUUGAUAAUCUCAGCGCAAAUUAACAUAAACAUCGCCUUCGAGCAGGACCUGCAGGACAUAAACACCAACAACGAGAUCCUGAUCCUCCACCCGUGCCUGAAUCACAACCCGAUGAGCAGUUCCGUCCGCUGCAAGAACUCCAGGGUCUACAAGUACCCAGAAGUCUUGAACUCGGGGAUCUUUUGCAUGGUGAUUCGCUCAGCCAGGUACGGACAAACCGUCCUGAUGGACUCUUUAGCCGCUGGAUGCAUCCCGGUGAUUAUUUCAGACUCUAUCGUGAUGCCUUUUGGAGAUCUGAUCGACUGGAAGCGCGCUGCGGUAUUUGUCCGCGAGGUUGAUAUCUUGGGAGUCAUUUCCACGCUGAAGAAUAUUUCUGCGACUCGCAUUGAGGAAUUAAAGAGCCAAGGUCAGUGGUUGUGGAACAGGUACUUUAAUUCUGUUGAUGCUAUUGUCAACACGGGGCUGGAGAUCAUCAACGACAGGAUUUUUCCUCAGGAAAGCAAGGACUAUAAUUACUGGAACAGCAGAUUCAGUUCUUCCCCGCUGUUUUUACCAGUUACGGCGCCAAAAACUCAUGGGUUCACUGCUGUCAUCCUGACUUAUGACCGAGUGGAGCUCCUGUUCUCGCUGAUCACCAAGAUUGCCCAGGUUCCGAGCUUGUCUAAGAUCCUGGUGGUCUGGAACAAUGUCAAAAAAGACCCACCGGUCUCUGCCAGGUGGCCCAAGGUCAACAAGUCGCUCCAGGUGAUCAGGACCAAGGAAAAUAAAUUGUCAAACAGGUUCUAUCCGUAUGAUGAGAUUGAAACUGAAGCAGUCUUGUCUAUUGAUGAUGACAUCGUGAUGCUCACCGCGGAUGAGCUUGAGUUUGCUUAUGAAGUCUGGAGGGAGUUUCCGGAUAGGAUUGUUGGGUUCCCUUCUAGGACUCACACCUGGGAUAAUGAGACUCAGUGCUGGAGGUACGAGAGCGAGUGGACUAAUGUCAUUUCUAUGGUACUCACUGGUGCUGCUUUUCAUCAUAAGUAUUGGAUGUAUUUGUAUACUACCUCUAUGCCUGGGGAUAUUAAGUCGUGGGUUGACGCGCAUAUGAAUUGCGAGGAUAUUGCUAUGAAUUUUUUGAUUGCCAAUACUACUGGCAAGAGUCCGAUUAAGGUGACGCCCAAGAAGAAAUUCAGGUGUCCAGAGUGCACUAAUACUGAAAUGCUGUCUGCUGAUUUAGCACACAUGGCUGAACGGACUAGGUAUUCAUCAUAG